UGCUUCUAUCAAAACCCGCAGAUAAUAGACUGAAUGAAUGAUAUUGAUACCCCCAGGUACCAUACGGUACUAUAGUUAAACGGUAGCCAUGACGACGACUUCAUCACCUGCCGCCAAUGUUAUCUUUGACAAUCUUCUCCGAGAAAACUGGGAGAUGCUUAAUAACUGCAUCCGCAAGGGCUAUCGAGACACAAUUCCAGAGGAACGCAAGGAGAAAGUCUCUGAUCUGUUAGUGCAAUGGCUGGGAGAUGACGAUUCGAUAGAGACGACCUUGCAGGCAUAUCGAGAUUAUUGCGGACGCUCCGAGUUCGCCGAUACCCAUGGCAAAGUGGCCAUCCUCUUUGCCUCUAUUGUACCGGUACACGUCAAGAAUGGGGUCCAGGCCACGCUUUAUCCCAAUCAAAUCGACAUGCUGAAAGGAGUUGCCGAAUUAACUUCAGCCUCACCAGAAGAAAUACUGGACCUGUUCGACAACUAUCGCGAGUUGGGAAAGGACGAGCAGUUUAGACUGCUGGAUCGGUCUUCACUUACUUUAGAAAUUGACUGGCGAGCACUCUUCAAACGAAACAGAUUUACCACAAUGAUUCUUUCCGUAUUUCGCGUUUGCCGACAGCAUUGCAUAGAACGCAGCCACGCAAUGGCAAAACUCGACAAGAAACGCAUGACAACCGACUAUGUCAGUCAGGAAAUGAAUCGUCUUUCCAUGAGACACAUUCUCCAUACUACCAAUGACGUUGCUACCACUACAUUCUGCAAUGACACGAAUGAUUCCUGGCCACAGUACGUCUUGACCGCCAUCCUGACAAGUCAAUUGCUCCUGGAAUUAGUCCCCAAAAUCAAGGGAGAUUCCAUGUUGACCAUUCUCUUGGCGUUCUAUGCCCUUUCGUGCCGUCAUGCCCGGAAACAAUGGAUCCAAACCGAACUGAGGCUCGAAUUGUACUACAAGGCAGAAUACGCGUACCGUCAGCAUUAUUGGAAGCCAGGGAAUGACGACUUUUUUUACACCGACAUACGCAAUAUGGUGGAUCAAGCAAUGCGGGUAUACUAUUGGCAAGUCACGGCAGUUCGUCGUCGUCGCGCCAGAAGUCGUCGCAAUAAGGAAUACUCCCAACGCCACAACACACAUCAGGAGACUGCCGCCAACAACAACAAUAAUCAGCAUGACCGCAAGAAAAACCAGAAUGGGGCAAAGCAACAGCCAAGGCAGAAGCAGAAACUUUCAAAUCAACAGCAGGAGGAGGAGCAAUGUCCGCCAAAGCAACUGGUUGCGGAGCAGACGCAUAUGGAAAGCAGCAAGGAGCCGCAGGACAGCACAGCUUGUAUUGGGAACAACAAUCGUCAGGGUCGUGACAACAACAAUAGCAGCCCAAGAAAAAUAUCGAUGGACUGCAACAAUGAUGCCAGUGACUAUGCAAAUCAGGAGACGGCCAACAACAGCAAUCAGAAUGAAGAUAGCUGUCACCUGAAUGGGACAGACACAGAUCCACAGCAGGACGAGCAGCAACAAUGCGCCAAUCAACAUGAUGAUGAGGAGGAGCAAGGUUCACUCUCGGAUGUGGAGGAGAAACAUGUGGAGACCAGAAUAAAAGAUGGCACAGCCGGCAACAAUAGAAACCAAGGAAAUGGCAUUGAGAGAAUGAGUGACAUGAUGGAGUGCGACAAUGCUGAGACCGCCCAUGCCAACGGCAAUCAAGAUGACAGCAACGACCAGGAUUGGAUAGAGCAGUAUCUGCGGCGUGAGGGCAUCUAUCAAGGUAUACCGGAGCAAUUCCAUUUGCAAGACCAACUGGAUGCAGAGGACGAGCAGAUGGAAGCCAGGGAAGAAGAAAACCAUUUUAUACAACACCACAACAACAACAACAACAACAACAAUGACAAUGACAGCGACAACUAUGCCCCUGAUGAUGACAAUAACAGCGUCAUGGACAAUGGCGAGGACAACAGCAACCGCCACCAGCAUUACCUGGUCUGGGAGGCCUAUGGUGCAGAUUGUGCGAGCACAGAUCAUAAUGAAGAUGACGACGACAGCAGCAGUGGCAGCAGCAGUGGCAGUGAGUCCUUGUAG